AUGGCGACGACUCUGCAGCUAAUUAUGCUGGCCACAGUGGGCGGAACCCUCGGUCAAGCCAAUAACUCGGACUACAAGUUGGUUCUGUGCUCGAUUUUGGGCCAACUUGAGGGUGGCCUUGAACUUCAUCUGAGGAGUUCCGGAAACGGCGUUAGCGACCUGGCGCAGUUUUUAAUGGUGAAGGGAACGAACUCGAUAAAAAUAGUUCAAAAUCAAGAGGAUGCACUAGAAACAUCGGAACCCACACGACAUCAUUUCUACUUUUUGGAAAAUGCACAGCAAAUGCAAGGAAUCCUAAACGGUUUGGUCAACACAGAUGGCUUUUAUAUAUUGGUUCUGGAGAAGGAUGAUCCCGGGGAUGAGGAAAUAUUACUCGACUUCAUGGCUAAGGUUUGGCUGACACAUGGACACAGUAGGAUCUACUACGUCCAACCGACGAGGGAACAGAUACUCCUCUACAAUCCCUUCAAGCAAACCUUCGUGGUGGUUCACGAUCCCAGAACUUAUGGACGGAUCUACCGGAAUCUGGAGGGCUAUCCGCUGAGAAUAUACAUCUUUGAUUCGGUUUACUCCAGUGUGCUGGGAGAUUACGAGAAGAACAGGGUGCUGAGUGUAAAUGGAGCAGAUGCCAAGUUGGCCAAAACGGUGGAGAGGCAGUUGAACUUCACGGCAGAAUAUGUUUGGCCGGAUGACGAGUUCUUUGGAGGGCGACUGGCGGAUGGAUCCUAUAGUGGCGGCGUAGGCCGCGCCCAUCGUGGCGAGGUGGACAUCAUCUUUGCGGGAUUCUUUGUCAAGGACUACCUGACCACCCACAUUCAGUUUAGCUCGGCCGUCUACAUGGACGAACUGUGCCUGUAUGUGAAGAAGGCCCAGAGGAUUCCGCAGUCCAUCCUGCCCCUGUUUGCAGUUAACUCGGACGUCUGGCUGUGCUUCCUGCUGGUGGGACUCCUGGGCACCCUGGUGUGGCUCCUCCUCCGGGCCUUUAACCUGGUCCUCGGCAUAGAGCGCAUUCCAGAUGGAUCGAUUACGAAGAAGACCAGCUUUUAUAGAGCAUCUUUUCGCAUCUUCAUCGACACCUGGGUCGUUUGGGUGCGGGUGAAUGUGGGUCGCUUUCCCUCCUUCCACUCGGAGCGCAUCUUUGUGGCUUCCCUGUGCCUGGUGAGCGUGAUUUUCGGAGCUCUUUUAGAAUCCAGCUUGGCCACAGUCUACAUUCGACCGCUCUACUAUCGGGAUGUCAAUACCCUCAAGGAACUGGAUGCGUCUGGCCAGCCGAUAUACAUCAAGCAUCCUGCCUUCAAGGACGACCUCUUCUACGGCCACGACUCGGCGGUCUAUCGGCGGCUGGACGCCAAGAUGACGCUGGUGGCCGAGGGCGAGGAGCGACUCAUCGAGAUGGUGUCCAAGAGAGGAGGCUUCGCGGGCGUCACUCGCUCCGCCAGCCUGCAGCUGAGCGACAUCCGGUACGUGAUGACCAAGAAGGUGCACAAGAUCCCCGAGUGCCCCAAGAACUACCACAUCGCCUACGUCCUGCCACGCCCCUCGCCCUACUUGGAGGAGGUCAACCGGAUCGUGCUGCGCCUGGUGGCCGCGGGAAUCGUGGGCCUGUGGACGGGCGAGGCCAAGGAGCGCGCCAAGUGGAGCAUCCAGCGGUUCCCCGAGUACCUGGCCGAACUGGACGUCGGCCGCUGGAAGGUGCUCACCCUGUCCGACGUCCAACUGGCCUUCUACGCCCUCACCAUCGGGUGUCUCCUCUCGGCCGUUGUGUGUCUGGCGGAGAUCUUCUUGAGACGGAGGCGGAAACCAAUCGGUUUGACUCGAAUUUGA